GGACUUUGGAACUUCAUAUCACAUAAUCACCAAAGGAAGAAGAGAAAAACAUAAAAUAGCAAUGGAGGAUACUAGAGCACGCGCCGCCGCCAAGGCCUUGCAACUAAACUCCAAACACAUACCUUCACGCGCCACCACCUUUAACCGCCUCUUUGCACCCAUUUACGCCGUCGGUCUUUUGGCUUUAUUUUACUACCACAUUUCUUCACUUCUAAAUUCCACUUCUUUGGGUUCCUUCUUCAUCUCUAUUUCUCUGUUCAUCUCCGACGCCAUUUUGGCUUUCAUGUGGGCCACUGCACAAUCCUUUCGGAUGAAUCCACUCCGCCGCCGUGAGUUUCCGGCCAACUUGAAAGAGUUACUGAAAAAUGACUCAGAUUUUCCGGCGUUGGAUGUGUUUAUUUGCACGGCGGAUCCGUACAAGGAGCCGCCGAUGAACGUCGUCAACACGGCCUUGUCGGUCAUGGCAUUCGAUUAUCCGACAAGUAAGAUCUCCGUCUAUGUUUCCGAUGACGGUGGGUCAGCCAUGACGCUAUUUGCUUUCAUGGAGGCGGCCAGAUUUGCUGCCACGUGGCUACCGUUUUGUACGAAAAACGACGUCGUAGAAAGAAAUCCUGAUGCCUUCUUUACUUCUAAUCACGAUUGGUUCUCUGAGAGAGAAGAGAUUAAGAUAAUGUAUGAGAAAAUGAAAAUGAGAGUAGAAACUAUAUGCGAAGAAGGGAAGAUUGGAGAUGAAUAUUUGAAUGGAGAAGAAGAGUGUAUGGCUUUUAAUCAAUGGACCAAAUCCUUUACUUCUCAAAAUCAUCCCACCGUUAUUAAGGUUCUAUUGGAGAGUAGUAAAAACAAAGAUACAUGUGGAGAGGCAUUGCCAAAUCUCAUCUAUGUUUCAAGGCAAAAAAGUGUAACUUCUCAUCACCAUUUCAAGACCGGUGCUCUUAAUGCUCUGCUUCGAGUAUCAGCUACAAUGACCAAUGCACCGGUUAUUCUCACUUUAGAUUGUGACACGUAUUCCAACGAUCCCCAAACACCAACUCGUGCCUUGUGCUAUUUCUUGGAUCCGAAACUUGGGAACGACUUAGGUUAUGUUCAAUUCCCUCAACGGUUUUAUGGAGUUAGCAAAAAUGAUAUCUAUUGUGGAGAGUUAAAGCACUUAUAUAUAAUAAAUUCAUCUGGCAUGGAUGGAUUAUUAGGGCCGAAUUACGUUGGUACAGGGUGUUUCUUUGUUCGACGGGCAUUCUUUGGAGGUCCAUCAUCACUUGAGUUGCCCGAACUCUCUCAACUUAAUCCAAAUCAUGUUGUUGAAAGGCACAUUAAAUCUCAAGAGGUCUUGGACUUGGCCCAUUUAGUUGCAAGUUGUGAUUAUGAGAAUAAUACUAAAUGGGGUUUUAAGUUGGGGUUUAGAUAUGGGUCUUUGGUGGAGGACUAUUUUACAGGGUACUGUUUACAAUGUGAGGGAUGGAAGAGUUUAUUGUGCAAUCCAAAAAGGGCAGCCUUUUAUGGUGAUGUGCCGAUAACCCUACUUAGCGUGGUGAAUCAAAUGAAGAGAUGGAGUGUUGGCCUUUUGGAAGUCACUUUCUCAAAAUACAACCCGAUCACAUACGGUGUAAGGUCCAUUGGCCUUUUAAUGGGUCUUUCUUAUGCCCAUUAUGCAUUUUGGCCAUUUUGUUCUAUUCCGGUUAUCCUUUACGCAUUCCUCCCUCAGCUCGCUCUCAUCAGUGCCACUCAAAUCUUCCCCAAGGUUUGGGAUGUAUGGUUUGUAGUAUACAUAUUGUUGUUUCUUGGAGCUUAUGGACAAGACCUUGUAGAGUUCAUCCUUUUCGAAGGAACAUUCCAAAGAUGGUGGAAUGAUCAAAGAAUGUGGAUGAUAAGAUCUGGGUCUAGUUUAUUAUUUGGAUGCGUAGAGUUCACGUGGAAGUCUCUUGGGAUUAAUUCCAAUUUUGGUUUCAACGUCACGGGCAAAGCAAUGGAUGAAGAACAAAGCAAGAGGUACAAGCAGGAGUUGUUCGAGUUUGGACUUUUCUCACCCAUGUUCGUUCCCAUUACCACUGCAGCCAUCGUCAACUUGGCUAGUUUCGUCUGUGGGCUGAUUGAAAUUUGGAAAUCGGGCGGGGCGUGGGAACAUUUGUUUGCUCAGAUGUUGGUGGCUGGAUUUGGUGUGGUGAAUUGUUGGCCAGUUUAUGAAGCCAUGGCUUUGAGGAAUGAUGGAGGGAAGUUGCCACCCAAACUCACAUUCUUCUGUUUUUCUCUUGCUUUACUUCUUUGCUCUUUUGCUGCUUUCUUUCGCUAGACAGAUGCUUUCCGUUGGAAAUGUCGUCCAGUGAUCAAUUAUUAGAAUGAUUUAUCAUAAAAUUAGAUUUUUGGCU